AUGUACAUCAUCGCCCCCCUCUCCAACUGCGCCUCCCCGCCAAAGCGGGACAGGUUCCUCGAAUACAUAUCCAAGAUCGCCCCGAUCACGCACGCCCACGAGCCCAAGUGCCACGCAUACGCCUGGUUCCGCAGCGCCGAGGACAACGACACCGUCCCGCACCACUGGGUCAGGGGAUUUGAAGUAUACGAGGACGUCGAGGCGAAUACUGUAACCCACCGCGCAAGCACCGAGUAUAAGGCCUUCCGCGCAGCCGUGGCCCAGGAGGGCCUGCUGGCGCGGCCCAGCAACCUUCGCUACUGGCGGCCAUCGUCAGGAUUCCUCACGCGUACUAUUCAGGACGACGCAGCUGUGUCAAGGACAAAGUCACGGGCGUAUAUUGUCGUUGAAGAGUUGACCCCACAGGCUGGAAAGAAGGGAUCCGUUCUGCGGCAGCUGGAUGGGCUCGCGAGAGAGGCGGAACAAGACACCGGCGUGCUGAGCUUUUGGGUCCUGCAUCGGGGAGAAGAGAAUGAGGAUGAGGGACUGUUAGUCUUUGUGCGGUGUGAAAGCAAGGAUGCCUGGGCUGGAUUUAUGGCCCGGGAUGCUGUUUCAGAGCCGUGGGAGGCGAUGCAGGGCAUGUUUGAUGGCCAAAUGAAAACUACCUGGGUUGAAUGUCUUGGGUUUCUGGAUAGAUGA